AUGGAGAAAAAACAAAUGUUACUUCAGCAUGACAGAGGGGCUUUUGCGAAAAUCAGAGACAGAUACUACCGGAAUUUUGCCUCGUCCAGUGCAGUUAGCGUAGUGAAAUCAAUUGCCAUCUUGGGAGGUUGUCCCAAAGACAAAACAGGAAGGAAAGAAAAGGCCACCAAAGUUUCCCGAAAACCUGACAAAGUGGAACAAACGGACGAAGAAAUAGACGAAUUCAACUCAGACAAUGGCACAUCGGAUAGCUGGGACGAGGAACCAGAAGGAGCAACAGAUGCUAAAUUGGUGCAAGAAAUUGCCGAAAAAGUUGUGUUGGACAUGACGAAACAAAUGCACCCUAAUGGUGCGGACGUUCCAAGAAGAAAAGAAGUAUCGAGUAAGGAUUGGCCUAAAUGCAGUAUUGCAACGGACCCCAAGAAGGGAAGAAUUUUCAGAAACAAAGCACUGUUAAUACGAAAAGGGGAAAUUGUUUGUAACUACCAUGGAAAACAUGCCCCAGCAAGUCAAGGAAAGGAAGCCCUACUUAAAGAAGUAAAGGACGAAAAUGCCAACUAUAUCACAUUUUAUAACGAUGGAGGGAAACAAACGUGCGUAAAUGCCAACAGGAUACCAUGUGAAUGCCAUCCAGAAAAGGUUGAAGGAACAUUCGGCCAGCUAAUCAGCCACUCAAGACUUAAUAUCAACUGUAAACCCAUACAGCGGAAAAUAAGGGGCAAAUCCCAUAUCUUUAUCCAAGCGGUGAGGGAAUUUAACUUCAACGAAGAACUUUUAUUUGAUUAUGGAGUUAGAAGAGCAGAAAACGGACAGAGAAUAAGCUGGCUAGACCAAUAG